UUUUCUUCUGUUCUGCAAACAAAAGUAGAAGAAGGAAGAGAGAAUUCAUCUGGGUUUCCGGUUGAGAGAUGGGGAGGGGUAAGAUUGAGAUCAAGAGGAUUGAGAACUCAACAAACAGGCAAGUUACAUAUUCAAAGAGGAAGAAUGGGAUCAUGAAGAAGGCUAAGGAGCUUACUGUGCUUUGCGAUGCAAAAGUUUCACUUAUCCUCUUCUCUAGUUCUGGGAAGAUGUCAGAAUAUCGUAGCCCUUCUGUCCCAAGAAUGUCAGAGAUCUUGGACAAAUACCAUAAGUAUUCAGGAAAGAAGUUGUGGGAUGCUAAACAUGAGUUUCUCAGCAACGAACUGGACAGGAUAAAAAAAGAGAACGACAACAUGCAGAUUGAACUGAGGCACCUCAAAGGUGAGGAUGUCAACUCACUGCAUCACAAGGAGCUUGCAACCAUAGAGGAAGCACUUGAAAACGGUCUCACCAACGUUCGUGCCAAAGAGAUGGAGUACUUCAAAAUGCUUAAGAAAAAUGUAUAUAAAGAUCAACACAAACCCGUUGAGAGAAUACUUGAGGAGGAGAACAAGCGUCUUACCUACAUCUUGCAUCAACAACAAAUGGCAAUGGAUGGUGGUUGUGUGAGGGAGAUGGAGAAUGAUUAUCAUCACAGAGGGAGAGACUACCAUCAUUCCCAGAUGCCUUUUGCCUUUCGUGUCCAGCCAAACCAGCCCAAUUUACAGGAGGCCAAAUAGAAGAACUGGUCAUGGUAUGAAACCAUUUCUAAGUUACACUAGAAAAGCUUUCUAGGGCUUUAAUAAUAUUAUCUUUGUUUAAACAAGAAGUAAACUUUGUAACAACAUUAUAUGAACCUAUUGAUGCUUGUGAGUACCUUAUAACAUUGAUGGUGUGAUCUUCCUGUGGUACUAGUGAAGAUGCUCUUAUUGACUAUGUUCUUAUGAAUAUAUAGUUAUAAAAGCUGCUCUGCAGGUGUGUGAGAUUUAAGUUUGGGAA